UCCCGUUUUGUCUGUCAUUAUAACAGUAGGAGGAAUAUUGUUUUAUGGUAAAAUUCUAUGACUUCCGGUGACUCUCACUUUGUAGAGCUCCCUCCCCUUCGAACAUGGUAGGAUAUCCUUCUCAUCGUAAUGUUCUAUUGCAUGUGCAAGGGAUUUUGCAGAAGCAACCAGUUGACUUUAAGUUAAUCAACAGGGAGAUAAUCUGGAUGGGCCUAAACUGACGCGUGAGUCUUUUAAGAGCAGAAAGUUUUCUCCUGCUGGUUGUGCCAGAGAAGGCAGAGAGAUUCAAAGCAUGAUGGAGAUUUGACAGGAGGAAGGUUCUCUGUUGCUGAAAUGAAAAGGGCUACAGUCAAGGACCUGAAGGAGGCCUCCAGGAGCUCAGAGCAGUCUCUGCUGACAGCCAUCCAAAGCUCAGGGACCUCAGUUCUACAACAGAGAAGUUGAAUUCUGCAAAUAAUCUGAAUGAACUUGCAAGCAAAUUCUUCUAUAGAAACUCCAGAUAAAAGUCCCAUUUGACUAACAUCUUGAUUUCUGCCUUGUGAGAUCCUAAGCAGAGGACUCAGUUGAGCUCACCUGGACUUCUAACCUGCAGAACCAUGAGAUAAUAAAGGCAGAAGAUAUACCAUCAGGUCCUAGAAGGAUUCUACCUUUCUUCUCCACCCUGAAGAGACUUGGAAAUUAAUGGGUAACAUUUUGCAUGAAAAUUACUGAAUGCUAUUCCUUCUUAUCUCUGAGGCCUUCUGUGGAGCAUUAAUAGGAGGUUGAGUGUGUGUGGAUAAAAUGGAUCAUCUUAAAGGAUUGAAGUUCCAAAAAUAUAUCGGCAGGACUGGACAGGUUUGACAUAAUGAGAUUUCUAUUUUAGCUUGACUUCUGGAACUCUGAAUAAGCUAUAAACUGAGCCGCACGAGCCCAGGGAAGGAAGUUUCUCUUCUAAAAUAUUCUAGCUGCAUAUAACACUUUUCUUAUUCUGAACCUUUGAAAAAAUAUAUUUACCCUCUCAAUUUCUUGAGAAUUAAGACUAAGAGACACUCACCAACUUUUAAUAUAUGAAGCGGGAUAGAAAGCAGCAAUUUGUAUCAUUCUGGAAAGAACAUUUAAAGAAACAGACACUAAAAAGACAAGAACUCUCUACAUAAGCACCAGUUGAGAUGGCAGAAGCUUCCGUGGACGCCUCAACUCUGCCCGUAACAGUGAAGAAAAAGAAGAGUUUAUCCAUUGAGGAAAAGAUCGACAUUAUAAACGCAGUAGAAAGUGGCAAGAAAAAGGCAGAAAUUGCCGCUGAAUAUGGAAUAAAGAAAAAUUCAUUGUCUUCUAUUAUGAAGAAUAAAGACAAAGUUCUAGAAGCCUUUGAGUCUCUGAGAUUUGAUCCAAAGAGAAAAAGACUGAGAACUGCUUUUUACACCGAUCUGGAAGAGGCGUUAAUGAGGUGGUAUCGAAUUGCUCAGUGUCUAAAUGUACCAGUUAAUGGCCCAAUGUUGCGUCUAAAAGCUAAUGAUUUUGCACAGAAACUGGGACAUAAUGACUUUAAGUGCAGUAAUGGUUGGCUGGAUCGCUUUAAAUCCAGGUAUGGUUUAGUAUUCAGAGCUCAACCUGUAGAAGCUACAGGUGUAUCGGUAGACCCUUCAACUGUCUGGCACCAAAAUGUACUUCCUUAUUAUUUAAAUGAUUAUCAUCCUAACAACGUUUUUAAUAUAAAAGAGACCGGGCUGCUUUAUCGAAUGUUACCUACAAAUACAUUUGCAUUUAAAGGAGAAACGUGCUCAAUUGGAAAGUUAUGCAAAGACAGAAUAACUCUAGUGGUUGGGACAAACAUGGAUGGCUCAGAGAAACUUCCUUUGCUUAUCAUUGGAAAACACAGAAAUCCACAUUGUUUCAAAGGUAUAAAAUCAUUGCCUGUGUGUUAUGAAGCUAACAGAAUGGCAUGGAUGACUUCAGAUGUAUUUGAACAAUGGAUGCGGAAGCUAGAUGAGAAAUUUCAAGCCCAGCAACGAAGAGUGGUCAUCUUUGUUGAUUCUUUUCCUUCACAUCCAGAGGUAAAGAACCUAAAGUCCAUUGAGCUAGCAUUCUUUCCAUCAUGUUUAUCUUCCAAAUUUAUAGCUAUGAAACAAGGCGUUAUUAAAAGCCUUAAAAUCAAAUACCGACAUUGUCUUAUCAAAAAAUUUUUAAGCUCUGUUGAAGGCAGCAAAGAAUUUACAUUUUCCCUACUAGAUGCAGUUGAUACUUUGCACCUUUGCUGGAGGGCUGUAACCCCUGAGACUAUUGUUAAGAGCUAUGAAGAGGCAGGAUUCAAAUCUCAAAAGGGAGAAAGUGACAAGACAGAUGCAGAGGCAGACACUGGUCUUGAUUUGGUUGCCCAUGCCCAGGCAGCAGGCGUGGAAUUUCCUGAAGGUUUAUCUCUGGAAGAGUAUGCUGCCCUCGAUGAUGAUUUGGAGACCUGUGAAGCGGCACCGGAAGGUGAUUCGGUAUGGACCGAAGAGAGUAAAUCAGAUGAAACUGGUCUUUAUGCUUCUGAUGAAGAGGAUGAUGGUGGAUCUCUAGGAACUGAACUCCCUUUACCAUCAAAAAAUGAGGCAAUAACUGCUUUAGAUACUCUUAAAAGUUUUCUUAGAAGUCAAGAUAUGAAUGAGGAGCUUCAUAAUUCUUUAGCAGACCUUGAAAUUUUUAUUAACUCAUCUAAAUAAUUAUCUGUGGUAUAACAUCUUUUCCUAAUGUAUUUUACUAGAUAAAGUAUAUAAAAGGAAACUACCACUUAAAAACAAAAAAUUUUAAAACUAGCAAUCUUUGGUGUAAUUGCAAAUGUCUUUGACCUGAAUAGCAAAGUUUGACCUAGGUAGAUUAAAUAGAGAAUAAGUAAAUGAAAAAUAUGAAUUUCAAUUUAGCAAGGUUUUGUGGAGUAGAAAAUGUAUUACAGAGGCCUUGUACAUGAAAUAUAUGGUACAUAUGCCAAAAAUAAAAAACUCUCCAGCUAUUUGAUUCAUA